GUUUCUCUCUAAUUGGUCAGUUACAGGAAAUUGUCCACAAGAGGGCGCUCUGGACUAGUAAUGUCACCCCAAAUAGAUUGUAUCAUGGAGAGACAAGUCGAGCGCUCAGGUGACCGGAAAUCCAACCAGUCACGUGGUAACGUCCCGAUGGGCUCGAGCAGGGAUCUGGGCUAGCAAUUAAGCCGCAUUUCCGGUUUGUCUCGUGUCGGCUUUGAAUUGUAAACAGCGCGGGUUUGGCUAUGCCUGCUAUACCGGAGGAGCGAUCGCGCGUGCUGGCGGUGGUGCGCGCGCUGAAAGCCAUCGGUGUGCGCGUGAGGAACUGGAAGAGCUUCCUGCACGGAGAGAAAACACCUGAGCAGGAGACUCCACAGCAGCACUUUGCUUUUGGUCGAGAUCUGCAGCUUCUCCCUCAGUGUCAUGUGGCUGAAGUGGACGGCUCUGUGCCGCUGUUCUUGGUGGAGGCAUGUGAGUUUUUAUCUCAGCACAUCCACACUGAGGGGAUUUUCAGGAAGACCGGUUCUCUCGGUCGCAUCCGAGCUCUGAGGUCGGAACUGGAGAAGGGCAACCGGGUCUUCCUGCCUCCCCAUGAUGCUUUGCUGCAGCCAUGUGACGUGGCGUCAGUGCUGAAACAGUUCCUGCGUGAACUUCCUGACCCUCUGAUCGCAGGUGAGCUCCAGGUGGCGCUGUGCCACGCCCAGACUCUGGAGGGGGGUUCGAGCGAGAGAGCCACCCUACUGCUCACGUCUCUGCUCCCUCCGAUACACACUCGCACCCUGCGCUACAUCUGCAGCUUCCUCAGACGCGUCGCACACAGAUGUGAUGAAAACAGGAUGGAGGUGAGCAGUUUAGCCCUGGUCAUGGCUCCUAACCUGCUGCCGUGUUCACCUCAGUCGUGUCGCCUCACCCUCCUCACCGAGAAGCAGCUCGAGCAGCAGGCUGCAGCCAUCAGGACCCUCAUCAUACACGCUGAGCGCAUCGGAGUCGUGCCCUUGUUCAUACUGGACAGACCGGGAGCGACGGAGGCGAGUGAUUCCACCCCACCACUAGAGGGAGCUUUACUGAACAAGCGAGCCAGACUUGGUGUGUACAGUAGCCUGUGCCGACAGAGGAGGAGGAGCGUCGGAGAGAUAUUCGUGGAUGCUUUUUCUAAACUGAAGCCCAGCCGCACACACACCGGCCCCUCUCUGUCCUUAGAUGCUCCCUCAGGACCUUCUCUCAGUCCCACACCUCAGUCUCCGAACACGGUGAAGCGUAAAGCCUCAGAGGACGGUGCACCUGAAGCGAGCGGAUCUGCGAGAAAGAGGCGUUCGCUGCAUGACCUCCGAGCUGACGUGCAGUCCGUCAGCAGCCAGUCCACAGACGAUUGGACAGAAGGUCCGAGUCCGGAGGUGAAGAGCAGCGACGAGUCACAGCACAGUGUUUCAGAGACGAUGGCUAAAAUACGAGCUCAGAGGAAGUCACAUCGAGCUCCAAAGCAGGAGGACCGAGCGCGCCGCCGUAGGAGAUCUCUUCGGUUCUUCUCCAUGUCGAGCAACAGCGACAGUCCCAUUCCCAGUGUGACGCCGUGCCGUGAUCCUGAGACGUUUUCGAGUCCCUGCAAAAAACUCCACAGCAGUAAAAACACUCUGUCCACCUCAGACAGCGACUCAUCUCUGAAAAUCCCCUUAAUACUGAUCGAGGAACCGGGACGAGUUGUGAUCGGCAGUGAAGUGGACGACGAUCCUGAGCUUCUCAACUGCAGUUUUCUGGAGAAUCCUAACGAUGGGUCUGGUUCGGAGUCUGAGGAAACGUUACGAGGACAUCAGCAGCAGGACAGUGAGCAUGUGCACGAUGAUGACCGCUGGGUUUUGCUCGACGACAGAAAUCCUGAAGUGAUCGUGGAAUAUGACAUGACCCAGAGCCAGAGACAGGAAGUCAGAAGUCCAAAGACAGGAGGUGGAGUUAAGAUAGAGGAACAGGAAUCAGAGACACAUAACAAACCCAAAAAGAGGAAGAGCAGUUCUCAGAAGCGGUCUGGACCACGUCGCUCCAUCAGCAUGCCUGAGGUAGCUUUAGAGCCAUGUUCCGACGAAGUAGACCAAGUUCAGCAGGAAGUUAGUACAAAUGAGGCCGUGUUUAAUGAUGAGAUGUGGUCCACAUCUGUCAGUCUGCCUCUCAAAAAGUCUGGAGGUAAAGGAAAGGAAGGGCGAGAGGUAAGGAGGAGGAGAUACGGCACCUUUCAUGAGCGGAAGAAGGAGAAGGUUCCAGAUUCCGACCUAAAGAAGGCGAACCUUCGGCUGUCGAUGGCUGAGAGGUUCAGGAGCUUCAGCGCACUGGCUUCGUUUCUCCGGACGCCGACUGUUCGUCUGCGCAGACAGGGAGCGAGGAGGUUCAGCCGCUCGUUCAGUGAUGAAGCCGUUCAGGAGGAUCAGCAGGCCUUCCUGGAGCUAAACGACGAACUAACAGACUCUGAGGAACCCAAUGAGGAGCUCCUUCCAGAGCAUUCACCAAGUACUACUUCUCCUUCAGAAGAUCAGACUUUGAUCGGAUCCUCACAGAAAUCAGAAGAGGAUGAAAACCUCCAGAUUAACGAGUGUAUGCUCCCUCAGACGCAGAAAGUGGAAGAAUUCGACCUGGACAAGAUGUUUGAGCAGCAGUGCCAAGUCACAGAAGAGUAUGGGAAACACUCCGACUCCUGCUGGGAUGUGCAGUUUGAUGGAUCCACGCCGUCGAGCCAGCGGAGAGCGUCCUUCAGUUCUCCUGCAGACUCGUGUGCUUUCACAGCUUCCGAAACCGAGCCACUGUCUCCACAGUGUGAGACGUCGCCGUGUAAGACCUUCAGCUGCCUGUCAUUUGAUGGUGUGUUUUCCAUCAGCAGUGUGAGUGAGAAGUGUUCCAUCUCCCUCGACCUCUCACCUCCAAACUUCCAGUUCAUGCCUCAGGGCUCUAGGAGGCGCUACAGAGACUCUCCACGCUGGCCUUCUAACGAAGUGCGCAUGACCACGUGGAAACCGUUACCCUUCUGAUGUGUCUCACACUCUCUCUCUCUCUCUCUCUCUCUCUCUCUCUCUGUAUUUAAAUAUAUGUGUGUAUAUUAUAUACAGGAAGUGCACGCUCUUCCCGGCUUUUAUAGUGUAACAACCUUAUUGAUUGAUUAAUAUGUG